AUGCAACAACCUCAACAACUCGAGAUUCCCCAGCCCACCCUCUUGCCCGAAAUCCAGCCUCAACUGCCAUUUUUGGUGCCCAAUAUGUCGGCGCCCAACACACCGCCCAUGCCAUUGACUGCCGCUUCAACGCCGGUCGAUUUGGGCAGUACGAAUGCGACCGUCGACUCGCCACCACCACUACGACAGAUCAGUGUUGAGGAGGGAAGUAUGGACUAUUCUGGCAUGAAUUCUAUUUGUAAGCGGAUUUAAAAAAAAUUGGGCGGGGUAAUUUUUUUUGAAAAAAAAUUUUGGGGGGUGAUUUUUUUAAAAUUUUUUAAUGAAACAGAGGGUUAGAAAAUAAAAAGCAAAACAACUUUUUGGUGGGCUGAACAUUAAAAAAUUUUAAUUUUUUAAAAUUUUCAGCUAAAAACAAGCUUGGCCGCAGCUACAACCCAGGCCGUCCCCUGGCCAUGGCCGACCGUCAACGCAUCCUCGAUCUCUACAAAAGAGGUCACAAAAUUAGUCAUAUAGCCCGAAUGAUCGGUGUUACCCACUCAUGUGUAUCCAAAAUCAUGACCCGCUAUCGUCGCACCGGUAGCAUGUGUCCACGAAUUGGCCUAGUAUCAACCCGCAAGAACAGUACGACCAUUCGAUCACCAGCACGAUCAAGUGCAUCACCAUCUAGUGCCGAAUCCACAUCGUCGAUAUCGACAAUGUAUCAGAAUCCGCUCGAGACGGAGAUUCUGAUGUCGCAACACAGGGAGUUGUACAGUCAGAUGUGUAUGCCACAGAUGAACUCGAUAGCACUGAACAACGUGACAUUACAACAGCUACAACAACUGAGUGAACUGCACAAUGUCAACUUGAUGAGUACGAGUCAGGACCAGUAUGUGCUGCACAAGCCGGUACCAUUGAAUGGUUCUGUCUUUUGA